AUGAGAAGGCAACUCCGCUCCAGAAGGGCUCCGACCUUGCCUCAUGGUUAUCACUACAGACUCGAUGACCAGGAUGAAGUGAACCAGAACUACUUGGCGGAUGAAGAGGAGGAAGCAGAGGAAGAAGCUCGGAUGAUGGGAGUACCCAAUUUGGAAAAGGAGGAGGAGGAGGAUUUGGUGGAGGAGGAGAAAGAAGAGAAAGAGGUGGUGCAAAAUGAGGAAGAAGAAGGUCAGGGACAGCCAAUGGGCAACACCUGGUGGCAGAAAUUGCAGCUCAUAAAUGAAUACCUGUGGGAUCCAGAACAAAGAAGGUCUCUGGCCCUAACAGGUCAGAGUUGCAGCCUCAUCUUGAUCCUUUACUUCCUCUUCUAUGCCUCUCUGGCCGCUGUGAUAACCAUCUGCAUGUAUACACUCCUUCUGGCCAUCAGUCCUUAUAUGCCGACCUUCAGUGAGAGGGUGAAGCCUCCUGGAAUUAUGAUCAGACCCUUCGCCCAUAGCCUUAACUUCAACUUCAACGUUUCUGAACCUGACACUUGGCAGCAUUACGUGAUUAGCCUAAAUGGUUUUCUCCAGGGCUAUAAUGACAGCCUUCAAGAGGAAAUGAAUGUAGAUUGUCCACCCGGGCAGUACUUCCUCCAAGAUGGCGAUGAAGAUGAAGACAAGAAAGCCUGCCAAUUUAAACGGUCAUUUCUGAAGAACUGCUCUGGUCUUGAGGACCCUACUUUUGGCUACUCUACUGGUCGGCCCUGCAUCCUUCUAAAGAUGAACCGGAUUGUAGGCUUUCGUCCUGAACUUGGAGAUCCUGUGAAGGUUUCCUGCAAAGUUCAGACAGGGGAUGAAAAUGACAUCCGAUCCAUCAAUUACUACCCAGAGUCGGCUUCUUUUGACCUCCGCUACUACCCUUACUAUGGCAAGCUGACUCAUGUUAACUACACUUCCCCCCUGGUGGCAAUGCAUUUUACAGAUGUGGUGAAGAACCAAGCUGUGCCCGUGCAGUGCCAGCUGAAGGGCAAAAGCAUUAUAAAUGAUGUCAUCAAUGAUCGUUUUGUGGGGAGGGUGAUCUUUACCCUGAACAUAGAAACCUAA